AUGGUGAAAAAUACACGAUCGAGGGCGUUGUCUCAUCCUCCAAUUUUCACAGUGGGCCAUGGAACACGCACGCUCGAUGAUCUGAUCCAGCUCCUCCGAACAGCAAAUGUCACCAAGCUUGUCGACAUCCGGUCUAUCCCAAGGUCAUUUACAAAUCCCCAGUUCAACCGCGACACCCUCCAAGAAUCCGCGGAGUUACAACGGGCUCGUAUCGAAUACGUCUGGUUUGGUGAAUCACUAGGGGGCCGUCGCAACGCCAAACAGCCAAAGCUUGCACAGCAUACAGCGAUACGCGUCGCCGCGUUCCGGAAUUAUGCAGGGUAUAUGAGUACGCCGUCAUUCAAAGAGGGCCUAGCCGAACUGCAGAACCUGGCAGAGGAGCUCCACAGAUCCAGCCAGGGAUAUGUAGCUAUCAUGUGCAGCGAGACGUUGUGGUGGCGAUGCCAUCGUCGCAUGGUUUCCGACGCCCUGGUAACGGCGGGUUGGAAUGUCCAGCACUUGGGAGUUGCCAAAAAGACCAUGGAGCAUACGCUGUGGGGUAUCGCAAGGGUUGAUGAAGGGAACCUCGUAUAUGAUGGAAGGGAGAGCCGGCACACAACGAAGAAGAAAACCCUGCCAGGAGAGUCAGCCACCAGUGAGAAUUGA